GUGGGUAGGGAAUGGGGAGAGGUAGGGGGAGGAGGUUUGGAGCUGAGGGUGGAAAAACAUUCAGAGGGGGCAGAAUCAGACAGAUGAGGAUAACGAGCUACUCAGAUAGGCACCGGCGGAAUAAGGAGGGAUAGAAUGUGUCUUUGUAACUGGGCACUCGCCUUGAACAGACCAUGACAGGACAGAGGAGUUUGGAUGUACAAUUAACCACUUCCCUGCUGCUUCCCAGCACUUUGCCUCUCCUGUAACCUGCAAUUCUCUUGCCCCUGCUGGGAGGCAGAUCGGGGAUGUUCAUGUGCUGCCCAUAGAGAGUCUCCAGCUGCUGCUGCUGCUGCAAUGAUUCACCCAUAGAGCUCUGGCCAGUGGCUGUGGUGCUGAAAUGGACAGCACCCAGCAGAACGGGCAGCAGCUCAACGACACCUGGAGAUCCAGUGGGGGAGACAACGUUCCCGGGGUGCCAGACUUUUCCUGGACGGUCUUCCUGGCUGUCCUGAUGGGGGUCCUCAUAGUUAGCACCGUGCUGGGGAAUGCCCUGGUCAUGCUGGCUUUUGUUGUGGACUCCAGCCUCCGAACCCAGAAUAAUUUCUUCCUUCUCAACCUGGCUAUCUCAGAUUUCUUUGUAGGUGCCCUGUGCAUCCCUCUGUAUGUGCCAUACGUACUGACUGGCAGAUGGAGCUUUGGCAGGAGCGUUUGCAAACUGUGGCUGGUUCUGGAUUAUCUGCUCUGCACCUCGUCCGUGUUCAACAUCGUGCUCAUCAGCUACGACAGGUUCAUCUCUGUGACCCGGGCUGUCAGUUACCGAGCUCAGCAGAGUAACAGCCGGCAUGCAGUCUUGAAAAUGACCAUGGUGUGGAUCUUGGCCUUUCUCCUAUAUGGACCAGCCAUUAUUAUAUGGGAAUAUAUUGCCGGUGGCAGCAUCAUUCCAGAUGGGGAAUGUUUCGCCGAAUUCUUUUACAAUUGGUACUUCCUCAUAACAGCUUCCACGCUGGAAUUCUUCACUCCAUUCAUCAGUGUGACCUACUUCAACGUCAGCAUCUAUAUGAACAUUCAAAAGCGAACCAAGGCACGACUGGACCUUCUACAGGAAGUCCAAAGUCACAUGACCACUGAUGACAUCAGGGUGCCUCCAGAAAAAGCCAGGUCCAGCUCCUUGAAAUGUUGGAAGCUGCAUCAAAAGAUGACCAGAUUUGGUGGGUCUAAUCAGAAGAAGACCAUUAAGAUAACAGAAUCGGAAAUGAUUGAAAGGGUGAGGGGAAUGAAAAGAAACUCUUUAAAUGGGAGCACAGUGACCACCAUGGGUAAAUCAAGGUCUGCAAGGAGGAGUUUUAAUGAGUCUAGCUCUACCCCAUCUCUUGAGAAAAAGAUGAGAGUGGUUUCCCAAGGAAUUGCUCAACGGUUCCGUCUAUCAAGGGACAAAAAAGUUGCAAAGUCACUAGCAGUUAUAGUGUGUGUGUUUGGGCUGUGUUGGGCGCCAUACACUCUUUUGAUGAUCAUUAGGGCUGCUUGUAGGGGUCACUGUGUUCCAAAUUACUGGUACGAAGCUUCCUUCUGGCUUUUGUGGGUCAACUCUGCCGUCAACCCAAUCCUUUAUCCUCUAUGCCAUAACAGCUUCAAAAGGGCAUUUAAGAAGAUCCUUUGCCCUCAAAAACUGAAACUCAAAGCAAAUGGUAAGUUCCAUUACUGCUGGAAGUGA